CGUAUUGCCACUUCUCAAAUGUAAUCCUCUUUGCAUCAUUUCCAUUCCACUUCUCACUUGAACCUACGAUCAAUUCUGCAUAACGGUGCAUCGGACUGGAACGUUGCCGGUGUCACGACUGAAGACAAUGAAAUCGAAGAGAGAAACAAUAGACGGAAUAAAGACGAGUAAGUUCACGAGACGUUAAUUUCACGGUUAAUUCCAGACAACGCGUGCUCUAUCGGCAGACUUCCAAUUCCGGCCGUUCCGUUAUUUCGAACGAGACGCGAGCAUUGCGGACUGUGCACCGGAACUGACACGUGGCGCCAUCUUAUCGAGUACUAACGGAAGGAUGCAAAUCACGAAAGUCAAAAGAACUAUAUUUAAAGAAGAAAUAUAUUUUCAUGUAUUAUAAAUUGUUCAUACGGUUGGUGAAGAAUGGCGGGGAAAUUUCAAAAUUUUACCGAUUACAGUUCGAGCAAGAGAUCUGUCAAAUCGGACGAGGUCCACGUGUCCCUGAGUCCGUCUACGUUUAAAAAAUUAUCGCGAUCCAAACGCCGUACAGAAAAAUGUAAAAAACCCAUGAAAUCCCAUAAAAAGGAAUCCAAAGAUUUCCCACCAAUUUUUCACGUAACCACCGACGUUGCGGCACAUUUUGGAAAUUUUUAUAAUCAACCAAAUUUUGGAAAAGCAAAAAUCAAAUCGUCUUCUGCAAAUGAACUUUUGCAGGGCGAUAGUGGCAGGACUGAAUUCACCAGGGAGAUGUUGUACAGAUUAGAACAUUCUGCUGGUACGAACGACUAUGCGAAACAGGUAUCAGCUCUUUUGGAAGAGACUGUAGAACCGGCGUGCUUCGAGGUUAAUUUUCCACCGGUUGAAAAUUGCAUCCCUAAUGAAAAACUCACGACUUAUCCACUUUGGUACAAGGAACCUGAUAAAAUGCCAUUUGAAUCCAGCGAGCAAUACAGAUCCGUUAAGAAGAAAUACGAAGAUCUUACUCUGAAAAUGUCAAAUAAUGAAAGUAAAUUUGAGGUUAAUAACGUAAAUGAAAAUUAUCUACAUCUUCACCCAGAAGAUUCUGAAGAUUCCGAAGACGAUUCUGAGAGUACAGCUGAAGAGUCCUUAACUGAAGAUUCUGAAAGUAGUACAGCAUUUGAUAAAUCAAAAGACUGUAUUACGUCAACAGGAAGUUCAAAAACAUUAAGUAUAAAUAAUCUCAGCUAUGAAGAGUAUCUCAAGCGAUGCCAAUAGCUUUGUGAAAAAUUAACAAAGUUCAAAACAACCGUUAGGUAUCCGUUAAAUUUUGUAAUCAAUCAAUUAAGAAAAAAGAACCGUACCGUUCAUAAAUACACAGUAGGAAUGACAAUCAUUAAAGAAAGAAGAACGAAU